AAUAUUAAUGGAUUAAGGUUUAGACCCUGCGUUCUUAUAAACAGAAUUAAAGAAACAAGAUGAAUGGGCGAAAGCCAUCAUAUUUGAUGAGGAUCUGAAUGUGAUAACUCAAAAGAACUGUGCAGCCACAAAGGAGGAAUUGGCACCAUACUUGAAAGCCUACGAUGUGAGAGACAAUACAAUUGGGGCAGGCUUUGUAUUAUUAGGAGAACAUUAUGAAGUUCACAGAUGGCAUCCUCCUCUGAUUUAUGGAAGAAGAGGAGAUGCAGAUGUAGGAGAAGGAAUCUCAUUGGCAAGAGGAAUUUGCAAAAAGCUCAAUGGGAAGAGGGUUUUGUUAUUGAUAACCUAUGAAUUGCCAAUAGUGAGUGCAAGAGCUGUGCCUUAACAAAUAAACUUUUAUAAUCAAUUCAUCGGUGAAUUAGAGAAAUUUGAUAUUAAGUAGCAAUGAGAAUGAAUAUUAAAUAAAUUUAAUAAUCUGCAUUCACUACAUCUUAAA